AUGCCCUCCCCCGACCUCCCAAAGCUGGAGGAAAUCGACACCAAGUCGAUCAUCUCUAUGCAAGAACUAGACCCCUCGCCUGUCGAAGAUACCCCAAGCUUGGAAGGCGAAUACUUCCCUCAAACCGAGCCUACUGCUCAGAACGGCGGCUAUCCGAAGCUGGGACUAAGCGGCCAUCGCUGGGAUACAUGGUUGACUCGAAUCCAAAGAUACUCCACCUAUCCCCCGACAGUAUUCACCAUCUUGCAUUUCACCAAUACAUCUCUAAUCCCACUCGUAACUCGCUCCGUGCCCGCAAGCGAGUCCUACCUACUGCUCACGCGACCCAUCUACCAAGCCCCGGGCCUAGAGCACCUCGUCCUCACCAUCCCCGUUCUAGCACACAUCAUCUCAGGAAUAGCUCUUCGCAACAUCCGCGGAGCACGCCGGGCAAGACUAUAUGGCGCCGAGACCCGCGCCCAGCGUGAUUCGCUAUACUUCUGGCCUCGCGUAUCUCUGCAGGCUCGCUCUGGGUACUUCGUCGUGCCUUUGAUUGGUCUCCAUGUGCUCGUGAAUCGGUAUACGCCGCUGGCGGUUGAGGGCGGUAGUUCCGGCGUGGGACUGGCGUAUGUUGCGCAUGGCAUUGCUCGGAGUCCUAUGUUUUGGAAUGCGUUCUACUUCUUCUUUGUGACUGCGAGUGUGUGGCACUUUGUGGGUGGAUGGGCGACUUGGAUGGGAUGGCGGGUUACUACGGCUCGCAAAGAACGUGGGCAGAAGCCUUCGCUUGAUGGCUUGCUUGGAUUCUCGGAUAGCACUACCCGGUCCAAGAGGCAGCGCAAGAUGUGGUGGGUGGUGAAUGGUGUUGCGGCUGCGGGUGCGGCCUUCUGGCUUGCUGGUGCACUUGGUAUUGUUGGACGUGCUGGCGAAGGUGCUGGCUGGGAGGCUAAGGGCUGGAAUGAGAUGUAUAGUCAGGUCCCGAUGAUUGGGGCCUGGUUGUGA